UCAUUAGGUAAUUUGUCUAGUUUACAAACUCUUUUCCUUCGUUCCAACAAAUUUUCCGGUCCCAUUCCAAAUGAACUUGGCAAUUUGAAAAACUUGCUUAAACUAGAAAUUGAUGACAACCAAUUUUCUGGCAAUCUCCCAGAGCUUUGCCAAGGUGGUAAACUUCAAAACUUCAGUGUCAACCGCAACCAGCUCACAGGAACAAUCCCUAAAAGUCUAAAAAACUGUUCAAGCUUAAUCAGAGCCCGUCUUGAUGAAAACCAAUUAAUUGGAAAUAUAUCUGAAGAUUUGGGCACUUAUCCAAACCUGAUCCACCUAGAUUUGAGUAACAACAAAUUUUAUGGUGAAUUAUCAGAAAUCUGGGGAAGGUUUCCAAAUUUGGAAAACCUAAACUUAGCAAGGAACAAUAUCACCGGUAGCAUUCCCCUAGGACUUGGAAAUUCAAUACAACUACAUCGACUUGAUCUGUCUUCAAAUCGUUUAGUUGGGGAGAUUCCAAAGGAAUUUGGGAAGUUGACCUCUCUGGAGAAGUUGAUUUUAGCUGAUAACCAACUUUCCGGUAGUAUACCUCAAGAACUUGAAUCACUAACUGGGAUUUCGUAUCUUGAUCUAUCCAUAAAUAGAUUCAAUGGGUCAAUACCGGGUAUUCUGGACAACUAUCUUAAGCUGUUUUACUUGAACUUAAGCAACAACAUGUUCAGCCAAAAAAUUCCAAUACAAAUUGGUAAGUUAUUUCAACUGACUGAGAUGGAUCUAAGUAGUAAUAAUCUCACAGGGGAAAUACCAUUGGAAAUCACAAAGUUGCAGAGUUUGGAGAAUUUAAACCUUUCCCACAAUAAUCUCUCUGGUCUCAUUCCAAAGGGUUUUGAAGAUAUGCGUGGCUUGGCAUUUAUUGAUAUAUCAUACAAUCAGUUACAAGGUCCUAUUCCCAUGAGCAACGCCUUCAUAAAUGCAUCAAUAGAAGCACUGCAAGGGAACAAAGGUCUGUGUGGAAAUGUCAAAGGCUUGCAGCCUUGCAAAGUUCCUUCUGCAUUGCAAAAACACACCCUACAAAAAAGGACACUUGUUCUUGUAAUUGUGCUCUCUCUUGGUGGAGCACUUUUACUUCUAGGUGCAUUCAUUGGACUUCUCAUCAUGUUCAAUUCAAGAAAGACAAAAUCACAAGUUGAAGAGGGUGACACCCAACCCCCGAAAGAAGAUUUGUUAUCGAUAUCAAUAUUCGAUGGAAGAGCAAUGUACAAUGACAUUGUAAAAGCUACCAAUGAUUUUGAUGCCACAUAUUGUAUUGGAAAAGGAGGAUAUGGAACUGUCUACAAAGUGAAGUUACCAUCAGCUAAUAUAGUAGCUGUGAAGAAACUUCAUCCGUUAUCGGAGAGGGCUGAUAGGAAAGAUUUCUUAAAUGAGGUAAGGGCAUUGACAGAAAUUAAGCAUCGAAACAUACUGAAGCUUUUUGGGUAUUGUUCACAUGCUCGACAUUCUUUUCUAGUUUAUGAGUACCUCGAAAGAGGUAGUUUGGCUACAAUUUUUAACGAAGACGAAGAAGCUAAAGAAUUAGAUUGGCCUAAGAGGGUGAAUGUUAUUAAAGGUGUGGCAAGUGCUUUGUCAUACAUGCACCAUGAUUGCACACCACCCAUUGUUCACCGAGACAUUUCCAGCAACAAUGUUCUGAUUGAUGAGGAGUACGAGGCUCGUGUUUCAGACUUUGGCACUGCCAAGCUUUUGAAGCCAGAUUCCUCUAACUGGAGUGCAUUUGCAGGCACAUACGGAUAUGUUGCACCAGAGCUUGCUUACUCAAUGAAGGUAACUGAAAAGUGUGAUGUCUAUAGCUUUGGUGUGUUGGCACUGGAAGUGAUCAAAGGAAAGCAUCCGGGAGACUUCAUCAUGUCCCUGCUGACCCCAGCUGUUGAGAACAUACAACUAAAGGAUGUGUUGGACCAACGUCUUUCACCUCCCUCCCCUGAAGUUGAGGAGGUAGUGAUGCGUAGUGUAAAAUUGGCAAUCGCAUGUUUGCAUGUCAAUCCACAAUCUAGGCCAACCAUGCACAUUGUUUCUCAAUUGUUAUCCACCCAAAAGAUUCCGUAGAGCCUCACCUAUGUGCACAGAAUUGUUGCCCAUGAAAAUGCACAGAAUUGAUCCCUUUCUAUUCUGCAUAUUUUUCCAAGCACUAAUUUGUGCACUUAGCAAAACUCAAGCCUCAAAGACAGUGCAAAGCUAUUUUGUUUAGUAAGGAUAUGUUAGAUAUUAGAUAAAACCCAAUCCUCUCUAUUACCUACUUAAAUAUACUUUUCAUAUAGGGAUUUUCAUUGUAAGAAUAAAUACUGAAGAGUGAAAAUCAAUAAAAAGAGAGAUGUAUGCUUGGGGCUUUUGUGUGCCAUGUGUGUAUGGUAGUAACCGAACCACACACAUAUGGUGUGGCUUCUCUCUUUAUUGUCAUCUUAUUUAUUUUAUUUUAUGUUGCUUUUAUUUUUAUUUUUCUUGAAUAUAUACCUACCUUGUAGCACCAAAAAUUGUUGGCUUCUUUUAUAUUGAUUUGAAAGAGCAAUGUUGCUGGGGUGCUAUUUUCCAUUCAAUGAUUAUGUAUAACUUACCAAAAUGGUUCAAA